UGUGGACAUUCUUUCUGCAGAGAAUGCAUCACACUUUCUCUGAAAUCACUGAAUCAGUGUCCACAGUGUAGGAAGACUGUUCCUACAGACCGGAUGGAUUUCACAACGAAUCACAUCUUAAAAAAUCUUUCUGAAAAAGCAAAACAAGACAAGAAAUCUGGGAAACAGUCUGAGGCUCCUGUGGGGUUUUGCUCUGAACACGACGAAAGGCUGAAGUUGUUCUGCGUCACCGAUCAGCAGCUAACGUGUAUCAUAUGCAGGGAUUGUAAAAAACAUCAAGGACACAGGUUUAAACCAGUCAAAGAAGCUGCUGCAUCGAUCAGAAAGGAGGUAGAGGCAUUUUUGGGAAAAGAUUUCCAUGAUUUCAGCAAGAUAGAAAAUCUUGCCAAGUCACAGAAUGAAGAAAUAAGAAAAACCAAAGAAAAGUCUCAGCAGCUGAGGACCCAGAUCAGUGGUCAGUUCCAGGAGAUGCACCAGUUCCUGAGAAGGAGAGAAGAGGAAAUAAUGAAUGAACUAAAUCAAAAAGAGGCUGAUGAGCUUAAGAAGAUGAGGGACGGGUUGGAGCUGGGGGAAAAGAUGAAAGCUAUACUGGAGAUUACAGAGCCUGAGAUUUUACUGAAGUGUUGGUCAGAGGGCAACAGUAUGAAAGCUCAAAAUCCCUUAAAUCUCCAGGUGGUGAAUUCGUCUCUGUCAAUGGGACUCUAUGAGAGCCACCUUCAGUUCUUCAUGUGGAAAGAAAUGCUUCAGGUGAUCCAGCCUAAGGUAGAGAAGCUUUCAUUCAAGAGAAAAGAUCCACCUGUUUGGGGACAACAAGGCUGUAGCUACAAUCAGUCAAGUGGUUUUGGACAAAGGUAUUCUCCAUGUACAUGUCAUGAUAACUUUAAUAACUUACUGUGUCAAUACCAGACAUACUGUAACCCAGGUCAAAACAACUACGACCUUAGAAUAGAUAAGAUAGAGCCAGGGCCAAAUUACUGGGAGAUAGAUGUUAAGGAUAAGAAAAGUUGGACUGUAUAUAUACAAAAUCAUUCUUUGACAUUUAAAAAUGAACGAUACACCAAAACAACUAAUAAUAGAAUUGAGUACCUGAACUUUGAAAAUAGACCUGAAACAAUUGGCAUUUAUUUUAACAGCAUCACCAAUCAGCUUCAGUUCUUUGAUGUAGACAAUAUGAAACACUUUUAAGGCAUUAACAGCCGUGCAAGAGUAGGAUAUAAUCUCCUCAUGCAAGAGCCUUACCACCAAAAGC